CUUGUGCACUUGCUUGCACUUGGCCGCGGCUCCCGGGGGAUCGCCACAGGUUGUCCUCUGUGGAACUCGGGCUGCUGGAUGUCCCAACAGCGCGGGCCGAGAUGAUUCUCGAGGAGACCCCGGACGGCGAGGGAGGCGGCGAUGGAGGCUUUUUGUUGGAGCCCCCGGACGGGGGUAGCGUUCGAAAGGGUUGUAAUCCCUUGGUCCAGACCCAGAGGAGCCGCCUACAGAACCACCGGGCCAGGAUCAACCAACAGAUCAACAAGGAAAUGAGGAUACGCACAGGGGCGGAGAACCUGUUCAGAGCUACCACCAACCACCGAGUCAAGGAGACUGUUGCCCUGGAGCUGAGCUAUGUGAAUUCCAACCUUCAGCUGCUAAAGGAGGAACUGGAGGAGCUGAACAGUAGCGUGGAUGUGUACCAGAAUGACAGGUGCCCAGGGUGCGAGGGGGUGGAUGGGGCUCUGGCGACUUCUUAUUUUCAAAGAAAGGGAAACAAGAUCUUGAAAGAUCUCCAUCUUGCCAUUCGAACACCUAGCAGAAACGAGGCUGGUCUGGAUCUCCUCAUGGAAUACUAUAACCAGCUCUAUUUUUUGGACCUCCGCUUCUUUUCUCCCAAUCGAAAUCUUGGUGUCUUCUUCCACUGGUACGACUCCCUCACUGGGGUCCCCUCCCACCAGAGGACCCUGGCCUUUGAGAAGGGGAGUGUCCUUUUUAACAUUGGUGCCCUUUAUACCCAGAUUGGGGCCCGGCAGGACCGGGGCACCAGGACGGGCAUUGACUGUGCCAUUGAAGCUUUCCAGAGAGCAGCAGGUGCCUUUAACUAUUUGAAGGAAAAUUUCUCUAAUGCUCCAAGCCUGGAUAUGAGCGUGGCCUCUCUCUCCAUGUUGGUUCGGCUCAUGACUGCCCAGGUCCAGGAGUGCGUCUUUGAGCAGCUGACCCUGGCUGGGAUCCCCCAAGAACCUCUCUCCCAGAUGAGACUUGCCCAAGAAGCAGCCCGGGUGGAGGACGUGUACUCCCUUGUGUACCAGACCAUGGCUCAGCCGCCCGUCAGAGACUAUGUGCCCUUCUCCUGGACCAUCAUGGUGAAUGUCAAGGCCAAGCACUUCCGAGGCUUGUCUCACUACUAUGCUGCCAUUGCCCUCUGUGAUGGGCCUGUUGUAGCAGAUUCUGAGAUUUCCAAAUAUGAGAAAGCCUUUAUCCAAUUCCAUGUCACAGCACCAGAGGGCCCUUCGCUGCCUGUUCUCCUUCAGGAUUCAGAAGAGCGGAGAAAACUUGCGAAGGCGCACCUGCGGAAGGCCAUGAUGAACCACGAGGAAGCCCUGCGUCUCCACGCGGUCUGUCGCAUCCUUCGAAAGAUGGACCUGCUGCAGGAGGUUGUGUCCCUGGCGCACAGACGCUCCCUGGCCAAGUACUCCGAGAUCGACCACGAGGAUGACUUCUUUGAGACUGCCGAAGCCCCCGAAGUCCACCCCAAGACCCACCAGAAGCCAGAGAUAAAGACACCCAAUUUCUCCCAGGUGAAGGUGACAGACAUCUUCCACCGCUUGGGGCCCCUGUCUGUGUUCUCUGCCAAGAGCCAGUGGCGGCUGAAGGGACCCACCCGCCUGACUCGGGGCGAGGGCGGCUUCGGAUUCACUCUCAGGGGAGAUUCUCCCGUUCUCAUUGCAGCUGUGAUUCCUGGGGGCCGGGCCGAGGCAGCUGGACUGAAGGAGGGGGAUUACAUCGUGUCCGUGAAUGGGGAGCCCUGCAAGUGGGGGAAGCACUCGGAGGUGGUGGCCCUGCUCACCGGUGUGGGAGAGGAAGGGGUGGACAUCCAGGUGGUCACGCCCCUGCGAGAGGAGUCUCUUGGCCUGGUGGACAAGAAGGCGACCACCUUGUCCUCCGCUGGACUCUUGCGCAGUGACAAGGAAAAUGGCGGCCAGGCCACACUGCCCGGGCCCCUCCUCGGCUGGAACAAGAAGGCUAAGCGGGGCCAGGGCCCUCGGCGGCUCCAACCUUUCUCCUCGUCCGCAGACAACACGUCGACUUCGCACUGAGGCACCUGCUCUGGGACAUCUUCCUUGGCCCUCCCUAAAGGGCCGGUGAACAGAGCCCGGAAGCGGCCCCUGCCCCGGCUUGGGGACGUCUAGAAGGCAGCUGCUUCUGGCUGGUUGUGGGAACGGGGCCCGAGGCUUCCCUGCGGGCUCGGGCAGCCCCUGCAGGACGGACGUCGGGGCUGCUGGCGGACGGCCCGGCAUCUUUCCCGACCCCGACGGCUCUCCCAGCCAGAGGGGCUGGGGCCGGAAGGAGGUCCCUGGAUCUCCUCUAAACCUGGUAAACUUCCGAGCACUACAGAAACGAGCCCUGAGCUUACUAUUCUCCCGACAGCCAGCACUUGCCCUGAGAGCCGGCAGCCCGGAUGCCCACCCUGGCCCUGCCGCUUGCUGCUUGUGUUCUCUUCUCCGCUCGGGCCUCAGUUUCCUUACGUGUUAUAGAACUGGAAGGGGCGGCUCCCUCUACUUCUGUGGCAUGUUAAAAUUAGCAAAGCACUUUCCUGACAAAGUUGUCCUGGGAGGGUUGCUGAGAGAGAAGUCCCUUCCUCAGGGUCAUACAGCAGCAGCAGAAAUGAGACUGAGACGUCGGUCUUCAGAAAGACCAAGGCCUGCUCCUGCCUUGAGCCCCGAGCUCUGGGACGAGACAGGCCGUCGACGGGGGCGUGGGAUUGUGCCCCAAGACUGCCGUAUUCGUCAGGAAGAAGAAUACUCUUCCUCCCCCUUCUCCCUCCCCCUCUCCAUCCUGCCUUCCUUCCUCUCCUCUUCCCAGAGGUGCAGAUUCUGACCAGGAUACGAGAGGGCCUCUGCGAUGGGCCUUGGCAGGUCCCGCGUGGGGCCCUCGUCCUUCUGGGUUUUCAUCAAAGGCCCAAAGUAUAGGAGGGGCCUUAGUGAACCUGGAGCCCCGUUCUGUCAUUUCCCAGGAGAGGAGACGAGUCCUGAACAGGGGAUUAACUUGCCCAGGUGACCCCCGAGGGUUAGAGGCUGACGUAGAGCUAGGCUCAGGCCUCCUGGCUCCAGCCUACAGGACGAAUAGAGUGCGGUGCCCAGUAACCGUCUGCUGCCGGGAUGUGAGGGGCCAGUGACUGGCCUGGCCCUGGGCUCUCAGUUUCCUCCUCUGUUAAAAGAGGUUAGACUUGUUCAUCUCUAAGGGCCCAAGGAGCUCUUCAGGGGUAGAACCUUCUCCCCUCCAUACACACACUGCCCCCAAGAAGCCUUCCAUGAUCACCCCAGCUGAAGUGGUCUCCUUCCUCCGAUUUCAAAGAUCUCAGCUUGCUCUGCAUGACACCGUCAUGGAUUCCUACUGAUUUCUGUAGCAGCAGCGUCCUCUUAGAUGGAACUCCUGGAAGGCGGAGAUGUGGGCCGUAGGCACUUAAUAAAUGUUUGAGUCGAA